AUUUACGAUCUUAUAGAUAAAAAAAUAGCAUCAAAUACCUCAACUAUUCACCUUUUCUUAAGCCCACCAAACGGACUUUGAGUGUGGAGCGAUUGUGUGUUAUGUGAAGUGAAGAUUGAAGACGUGAUAGAAGAUGGACGACUACUGCUAUGCUAAGAUGGCGACGUCCGCUAAAAGAGAAGAUGAAAGAGAAUCAGCGCCACCAACGGAGAACAAUCUGAAAAGCGAAGAUGAAGACGUCCAGCAGCUGAUCGGUAAUCCAGAAGAAGUUUCCCCUCAGUUAGGGGGGAGCUCCACUUUGAAGCAGGAGACUCCACAACCACCCUGCAUUAAAAAGGAAGAGGAGGAACUCUGCAUCACUCAGGAGGGAGAGUGUCUUCUAGGACGAGAGGAAGCUGAUUACACCAAGUUUCCACUGACUAUUCUCUCUGUGAAGACUGAAGAUGAUGAAGAGAAACCACAAGUAGACAACCUCUUAGCUCCACUCUCGGAUAGUGAGGCUGAAGAUGAGGUUGAAGAACCUUUGAGCAGCGAUAAAGACUGUGAAGGUGAUAUGAGGACUCACACUGACAACAAACACUCUGAAUGCUCUAACAAGAAAAGAGGUAAAAAAUGUUUCAGCUGCUUAGUUUGUGCUCAAAGCUUCACUAAAAAGUGCCAUUUCACUGAACACAUGAGUAGACACACAUUAAAGUGCUCAGUUUGUGAUAAAAUCUUUGUUUCCAUACCAGGCUUUACUCAACACAUAAUGACACACACCAGACAAAAAACAUUUAAUUGUUCAGUUUGUGGUAGAAGCUUUGGUCGAAACAGCUAUUUGACUGAACACAUGAGAACACACACAGGAGAAAAACCAUUCAAAUGUUCAGUUUGUGGCAAAAGAUUUUCAACAAAUGGCAGUUUGACUCAACACAUGAAAACACACACAGGAGAAAAACCUUUCAAUUGUUCAGUUUGUGGCAAAAAGUUUUCUAUAAAUGGCAAUUUGACUAAACACAUGAGAACGCACACCGGAGAAAAUCCAUUCAGCUGUUCAGUUUGUGGCAAAGGCUUUUCCCUAAGGGGCAAUUUCACUAGACACAUGAGAACACACACAGUACAAAAGCCAUAUAGUUGCUCAGUUUGCGAUAGAAGCUUUUCUUAUAAAUGCAGUUUAACUGAACACAUGAGGAAACACACUGGAGAAAAAACAUUUAGUUGUUCCGACUGCGGUAAAAGAUUCCAUCGUAAUUCAUUUGCAGUAAGCCACGCAAGAACACACAAGGGAGAAUAACCGAUCAUCUGUUUAGUUUGUGGUAUGUUGCUCAUAUGUGGUGACAUCCACCCUACCCAGGACCUACGAGGUGUUCAUACUAAGUGGAAUUAUCUGAAGCAUAAUCUUAUUUCCACUGGACCUCAUGUCUUCUGUGUAUCUGAAACUUUCCUGACUAGUAAGAUAGAUGAUGGUUGUAGUGUUUGGUUACUUCUUCUUCAGUUGAGACAGACCUGAUGAGUCUAGCUGGGAAGGAAUUGUAGUCUACUUCAGUGAGGCUUUUACCGCCUUUGAACACCAACAACAUGAAUCGAUCUGCCUGAAACUACACCCUCCAGGUCACCUGGGGCCUCAUGUAUUAAAGGGGAACAUUAUCACCAGACCUAUGUAAGCGUCAAUAUAUACCUUGAUGUUGCAGAAAAAAGACCAUAUAUUUUUCUAACCGAUUUCCGAACUCUAAAUGGGUGAAUUUUGGCCAAUUAAACGCCUUUCUAUUAUUCGCUCUCGGAGCGAUGACGUCACAACGUGACGUCACAUUGGGAAGCAAUCCGCUAUUUUCUCACUUUCGUCGGUGUGUUGUCGGAGGGUGAAACAAUACGAACAGGGACGGAUUCAAGUUGCACCAGUGGCCCAAAGAUGCGAAAGUGGCAAGAAAUUGCACAAAAUUUGUUCAAAAUACGAGGCUGUGGGGAAAGCCGACGAAUUGGUCAGUCGUUUGUUCCGCACACUUUACCGACAAACGCUAUGCUACGACAGAGAUGGCAAGAAUGUGUGGAUAUCCUGCGACACUCAAAGCAGAUGCUGACAUCAACUCCAAAACUGGACAGAUCAGCUUUCAGGAAAAGAGAGCGGAUGAGGGUAUGUCUACAGAAUAUAUUAAUUGAUGAAAACUUUAUUCAUUACUUGCGGUUUUACGUAAAUUAUUAUACAUAAACUGUGUUUACCAAUAAUUUAGCUUAAAAACAUUUAUUUUUUUCAAUCAUUCGAGUACAUUUGGGUAGUCUUGUGUAAUGCAGUAUUUUGUGUCUAUUUAGGUAUGGUUAACCUGAGUGCUGAAAUCGUGGAAAAAUAUAUGUUCUUAGCGCGCCUGAAAUGGGCUGUCUGCACUCUCAAAGUGCAUGUUGUUGCCAAAUGUAUUUCAUAUGCUGUAAACCUAGUUCAUAGUUGUUAGUUUCCUUUAAUGCCAAACAAACACAUACCAAUCGUUGGUUAGAAGGCGAUCGCCGAAUUCGUCCUCGCUUUCUCCCGUGUCGCUGGCUGUCGUGUCGUUUUCGUCGGUUUCGCUUGCAUACGGUUCAAACCGAUAUGGCUCAAUAGCUUCAUUUUCUUCUUCAAUUUCGUUUUCGCUACCUGCCUCC